AUGCUUCAUAUCCUGCUUGUAUCCGCGCUCGCAGCCUAUGUCACCAAACAAGCCACAUCAUACUCACUCCUUCCUCUCAUCGCCGCCUUCUUCUUCCUAGGCGCCUUUAGCUACUACUUUGUCUGGCGCAUCCUCGUCUUUCCACGGUACAUCUCAAAGUUGCGCGCCAUUCCUGGUCCAGAGGGCCAUUGGUUCUUUGGCGAGAUGCGACAGAUCCUCAAAGAAGACACAGGUGUGCCGCAUCUACGCUGGAUCCAGGAUCACCCAGAAGCACCUCUCAUCCGCUAUACGGGACUCUUCCACCAAGAACGCAUUUUGCUCGUCUCUUCAAAAGCACACAUGCAUGUUCUUCAACAGGCAACAAGCUUCCCCAAGCCACCAGACAUUAGUGAAGGCUUGCGCAGAAUCUUGGGUGCCAAGGGCAUCUUGUUUAUGGAAGGCGAUGUCCACAAGCGGCAGCGAAAGCAAAUGAACCCAGCCUUUGCACACUCCCAUCUCCGUUCCAUUGUGCCCAUUUUCUUGGAAAAGGCCAAUAAUCUCAUCAAGCUCUGGCAAGCAGGCGGUGAGAUUGAAGUCCUGAGUGGUUUGUCACGCGCAACACUCGACAUUAUUGGUUCUGCUGGCUUUGGUUAUGAAAUCGACAGCUUGAUUGGGUCGAGCAAGAAUGCGCUGGCUGAUGCAUACAGUGACAUGUUUGAUACUAAAAAACAAAGUCGCAUGCUUGCCGUGCUCGUGUUUUAUGUUCCUUUUGUGCGCAAGAUUCCUGUUCGCAGGCAUCGCGAGGUCGAUGCAGACACGGCAGUCAUUGCACGCAUCUCGAAGGAACUCGUGCAGAACAAAGUACAGCGCGCACAGACAGGUCAAGAUGUCGGCAAUGAUAUCCUUGGAUUACUCGUGUCUGACAAUAUUCGCAAGGAGAAGCAAGGAGAUCCGGAAGAUCCACCCAUGACAGAAGAAGAAAUGUCAGAUCAGACCAUGACGUUGUUGGCUGCUGGACACGAGACGACGUCUGCCGGUACGACGUGGGCGUUGUUGGCCCUGGCCGAGCACCCUGAGGUACAGUCACGCUUACGACAAGAACUGCAAGAAGCAAGAGAUGCAAGUGAGGAGUGGACGUUUGAGCGUAUCGAGAGCUUGCGAUACAUGAAUAAUGUGGUCAAGGAAGUCUUACGCUUCUAUCCACCUGUUCCAAUGACGCGCAGACAAGCAAUGGAAGACGCUGUGAUUGAAGGCUAUUCUAUUCCAAAGGGCACCAACAUCUUCAUCUGUGCAGCAGCUAUCAAUAAGAACCCGCAUGUCUGGGGAUAUGAUGCACAUCUCUUCAAUCCUGAUCGCUACGAUAAUUUACCAGCUGCAGUGACGAACUACUCUACAGAGACAUUCCUGCACGGUACACGAAGCUGCAUUGGACAGCGAUUCGCAACGGUCGAGAUGAAGUGUCUGUUGAUGCGCAUCUUGCUGGCGUUUGAGGUGAAGACAAAGCCAGGAUAUGAAGUCAAGGUGCAAGCCAGCAUCACCAGUAGGCCCAAGGGAGGACUGCCGCUCAUCUUGACGCCCCUCGAGAAGGCAUAG